AUGGCUAACCAGAACCAGCGUGCUGCUCCCCUUCGCCUCGGGUCUGAGGCCCCGAAUUUCAAAGCUGUCACAACCAAGGGAGACAUUGACUUCCACGAGUUCAUUGGCGACAACUGGGUUAUUCUCUUCUCCCACCCUGACGAUUUCACUCCUACUUGCACCACAGAACUCGGCGCUUUUGCCAAGCUUGAGCCUGAAUUCAGCAAGCGCGGCGUCAAGCUGGUUGGACUGAGUGCCAACGGCCUGAAGUCGCACCAUGAUUGGAUCAAGGAUAUCGAUGAAGUGACAGGCUCUCACCUGCAGUUCCCCAUCAUCGCUGAUGCCGACCGCCAUAUCUCAUACCUCUAUGAUAUGAUUGACUACCAAGAUACAACCAACGUAGAUGAGAAGGGCAUGGCCAUGACCAUCCGCUCUGUGUUCAUCAUCGACCCCAAGAAGAAGAUCCGCCUCAUUAUGAGCUACCCGGCGUCCACGGGCCGCAACACCGCAGAGGUUCUCCGGGUGGUUGAUGCUCUGCAGACCACCGACAAGAACGGCGUCAACACGGCCAUCAACUGGGUUCCGGGCGAUGACGUGAUCAUUCCCCCCGCCGUGUCGACGGAAGACGCGAUCAAGAAAUUCGGUGACGUGCGCGUUGUCAAGCCCUACCUCCGUUACACCAUGAUCCAGAAAUAG